AUGGUGUUUUUCAAGGUUGAUCGACUGGUUCACGUCUUGGUAGCGCUACAGUUUGUGUUCGUUUUCAUCACUCCAGUUACGCCAAGCCAGUGGCUGUAAGUAUCAGCUUUUUUCAAGUACCAUACCAAAUUGAUAGCAGUUUCGAAAACAAGGUUAUCUCAGACGAUUGAUGUGCUCAGUGUAGUUGUCAUAGUCGCAAUUGCUACUGAUCAGUUACAAUGAGUGUCCAAACGUUUCCUUGUUUUAUCCACAACAUGAUCGUGUUGAAUGUUUUCAGUAGCGCAACGGACGCACUUAAUUCAAGCAAACGGCUUUGGAUCAAAUUGGCUUAAAGGUUUUCUCCUGUAAUUAGUAUGAGCUGUUGUUGACUAUUGAUUUAACUUAGUCUUAUAUCAAAGAAUUUCAUGAUCCUGAUGUUCGUUUCGUGUAUGAAAAAAGGUGCUUGAACGUUUUUUGGAAGAUUAAAAAACAUUAACGGUAACGAGAAAGUGUCUGAGUGUUGGCUAACUUUGGGUGUUUUUUUUUUUGGUACCAAGUUAGGUUUCUGGGAAACUGCCCACCUACCCCUCCCCUAAAUCAACAUUUUUCCCUAAACGAGAAGAAAGUGUUAGUGUUGGCUCAGUGGGGGGGGGGGGGGGGGGGGGGGGGGGGGUUCCCAAAAACACAAAAUACACCUUUUUUUUUUAAAUAUACCAAUUUAUUUUUUUUUUUUAAUACUCCUCAAAAAAAAUAAACAAAAAUAAACAUUUUAAUAAAAAAUAUUAUAAUGUAUGUGAAAGUGUUUGUGGUUGUUUUUAUUUUGUGUUUUUUUUUUUUUGGUACAAAGUUUGGUUUUUGGGAAAAUGCCCCCCUACCCCUCCCCUAAAUAAAAAUUUUUCCCGAAAAGAAAAAAAAGGUUUAGGGUUGGGUCAGGGGGGGGGGGGGGGGUAGGUGGGCAGUUUCCCAAAAACCUAAAUUGAUCCGUUUUUUUUAAAGAGCCUCAAUUCAUGUCUCUUUGAUACGAUCCUUAAAGAAAAUUCACUAUAAUACGACAUUUUUAAGCCAUAAGAUAUUUUAAGUUAGUAAAAUUUAACUAGUGGUCUAUUAUCAAUGCUGCGUUCUGAUUGAUUGAGCUACUACUAGGCUAUUUGUUAUAGCCCCCUAGUAACGAAAAGCGCGGGCUUUUUGGCGGCAAAAAAGGAUUAAAUUCUAGCUUUAACUAGCUAAAUUUUUUUCAUUCUCGAUAUUUUUGAGCAACUAGUUGGAUUUUACUAAAUCAAUUAUUCCUCUCGCCCUCGGGGCCUCUGAGUCAAUAGCCCAUUCAGCCUUUGGCCUCAUGGGCUAUUGACUCAGAGCCAAUUCGUGCUCGAGGAAUAAUUGUUAAUUAUUCAGGAGCAAGCAAACCCUUAACCCCCUAUGCGCUAAGGGUGGUGGCGUAAGCACGCUACGCAAUAGAGAAGACAGGUUUUGACAUCGUAUCUGCUUGCAAACACUUCAAAACUUUUAAACUUAAGAAAUUCCUUAUUACCAUUGCACUGCAGUAAUGUUUCACUGGUUCUUGUAUUUUUGUUGAAAGAUCACUGGCUCUUACAAGUUCCGUAAGCAGUUUUAGCAGCAGGAAAAGCUGCGAUGAUUUUGACAACCAUCUCAGCUACAAACAGGUACAAGUGUGUAAGAGGAAUGUAGAUGUAAUGAACAGUGUGAAAUUUGGAGCCACAAUCGCUGUACAAGAAUGCCAGCACCAAUUCAGAUACAGAAGAUGGAACUGCACUACCCUUCAAUUUGAAAAAUCACCUGUUUUCGGAAAUUCUGCUAACGGAGGUAAAUAGUCAUUUAUUUCGUUGUUGUUCUUUAGUUUUGUCCUGUUAGGUGUAAGGUGUUGUUAGCUUGUGUACAGCCGCCCCCUCUCCUCGAAAAGACUGAUUUAGCAACAGGAUGGGAACGUCAGUUGACGACAGGAAAGCGCGCGGAAAGGACUAAACGCGGCUUCCGGUAAUCAAUUUGCCGCUCUGCUAUUGGUCAAGCCAGUUGUUUACUUUGCGCGCGCCGUCGUCAACUGACGUUCCCGUUCUGUUGCUGAAUCAGCCAUCGGAGAAGGGGCCCCUUCUCCAAUUUUUCCCUGGGGAAGGGGAGGUUGUAGAAAGGCUACAUGAAGGGCUUGUUAGGGCAGAGUUAGUAGUGGAGACUGGUUAGGAAACCCGGCAACCUUCAAAGUUGAAAACAAUGGGGAUGUAGGUUAUGUUGCAAGCUCCCUGACCGUGCACAAUCCUUUGUUUUCUGUUCACAAAUUAUGACUGAAUAAAUUAAUGCAUUGUUUCUAUUGGUCAAUAACUUCAAAAUGAUAGGAAUGCUAUCGAACGUUGUCCACGGUCAGGUCCAAAAAAGCUAACAAAAACUUAUAACAAAGGGUUUCUUAACCAUUCCAGUUUAAUUAACUAUGGUUAGGCUAAUGUUUUUUCUAAUAGACUAAUACUGUUCUACAUCACUUUGAAGCCUUUCGCUCGCUUUUUCCUCUAACAAGUACGCUAAAUACAUGUACAUACCAAAAAUACAAGGUUAUCGAUAUUGUUAGAACCUCAUUCGAGCCUUAAACAACUCGCAGUAUUUUUUCCAAGUUUUUUGUUUGCUUGAAGCGGCAAUUCCUCUACUUAUGAAUUUCGACAGAAUUUAAUGACGUUAAUAAGUUUUUUUUGUUUUGUUUUUUUCUUUAAUUGACUAGGAACCAGGGAAGCCGCAUUUGUUCAUUCCAUUUCGUCAGCUGGUGUGGCAUAUGCUGUAACGCAUUCGUGUAGCGCCGGCAAACUGGGCCGAAAAUGUGGGUGCGACCAAAAAUACACCGGAGAGGCUGAAGAGGGUUGGAAGUGGGCCGGAUGCAGUGAUGACAUUGAGUAUGGAAUCGAAUUCUCGACAAAGUUUGUCGACGCAAGAGAACGCGGCAGAACAGGAAACCCUGCCCGUAUUAUGAUGAAUCUGCACAACAAUAUGGCGGGGAGACUGGUGAGAAUUCGUCACUUUAGAAGCGAGAAGGGAACUGGGUAGCCUGCGAACAGCAGACGCAUUUCCGGUCGUCGCUUCUCUCUCUCUCUCUCUCUCUCUCUCUCUCUCUCCGAGGGAGAGAAGCGACGACCGGAAAUGCGUCUGCUGUUCGCAGGCUAGGAACUGGGAUAAGUUGAUUUUCACAAAGGCCACUGGGACUGUUACUUAGGACAGAGAAAAAAAUAGCCAAUAAUAACGAUCCCAGAAACACUUGCGGUACGCAUUUCGGCUCCAGUGGCUUAUCAAAGUCUCUAAUGCGCAUUCCAGUUAGUCAAUAAGCUCCCAGAAUUUAGUACAUUAUACGCAGUUACGAAAGCGUUCUUGCUUCCGACUAGAAAUAACUCAAUAAUGGACUCUAGGCAAAAUACCGUAACAUUCCGAAAAUAAUCCCCGGGGCUUAUAUUUUUCAAAGGCCCUUUUUGAGGGGCCCUUUUUUUUGGAGGGGCUUAUCUACGGAGGGAUAUUUGCGUUUUAAAAUCGAUUGGGCUAGCUAGCCUUAUAGUUGGAAGUAAAUGUACCGUUUUAGCUUUGUUUUACUUUGUAUUCAAGGACAAUUUUCCAAGUACAAGCCCCCGGGGGGCUGAUAUUUGGAGGGGCGAUUUAACAGAGGGUUUUUUGCGUUACUGGUUUGGGGGGCUUAUAUUUGGUGGGGCUUAUACGUGGAGGGGCUUAUUUUCAGAAUUUUACGGUAUAUGGAGAAAGUGUCAUUUACAAAUGAUCAUACAGAAACAAUGCUCUGUGAAACUAUGGACUAAUCCUUUUUGAAAUAAUUGAAUUGUGUGUCUUAUGUUUUCAGGCCUUAAGAAAGUUUGUACAAAUCCCGUGCAAGUGCCACGGUGUGUCAGGGUCGUGUAAUGUUAAGACUUGCUGGCGAUCUCUGCCAAAUUUCAGGAAGGUCGGAGAACAUAUCAAGGAGAAAUUCGACGGUGCCACUGAAGUACAAUACCAACGGAUAGGAUCAAAGUCAGUUCUGGUUCCACGAAAUCCCGAGUACAAACCUUACACCAAAUAUGACCUUGUUUAUCUUAACGGCUCACCAGAUUUCUGCAGUGCAGAUCCAAGCACAGGUUCCUUGGGGACCCAAGGAAGGUUUUGUAAUCGAACCUCUCAAGCAAUAGAGGGAUGCGCGUUUAUGUGCUGCAAUCGAGGCUUUACAACGCAUCUGGAGCAUCGAGUCGAUCGCUGUAACUGUAAAUUUUUCUGGUGCUGCUAUGUUAAAUGCAGCGAGUGCCACAAAAGGGUGGAGGUCAGCAUAUGCAAGUGAGUUUCCUCUUGCGAUACAAUUACAAUUUUGCUUCAAGGAAAGUGCACUCGUUGCAGUGUAUUCAGGCUAUUUGCUUUGUGGUACGUACUUAUGGCGGUGAGUGACAAAAAAGUACAGGCC